UCUUUUAUUUUUAUUAUUUUUAUUUUUAUUUUUAUUUAUUUAUUUUUAUUUGUUUAUUUAAUUUCAAACCAAUGGUAUUAGAGAUAUUUUACCCUUUAAUGAAUGUCAUUUUUGUGACUUUCUCCUUCUAGUGCUAUUUUUGAGACAUAAACUUCAAAAGGUACUAUUAUUGACAAUUGCCCUUUAAUAAAUUAUCGUAAUUAAAUACAUAUUGAAUUUUUCAAUAAAAGUUAAAUAUCUCAACAAAGUACAAUUUAUUAUAAAUAAGUAAUAAAUAUAAUUUGACAAAAAUAUCAUCAUUCUAAUAAAUAUAGUAAAAUUGUAAAUUACAUGAAAAUUUAUCACAAUUACAAAAAUUAUAAAGAGUAUUCUUGUUUUGCUCUUAUUUUUUGUAUUUUUAUUUAAGUUUUCGGUUCUUUAUUACCAGUUGUUUCAACUAUAGAAUUAAUUAAGCAUGUGUAUAAAAACUGAGAACAGAGAACCGAACCAGAACCAAACCGAAAUAACAAACCCAAAACUAAAUUUCAAAAAUAACCGAAUGGUUCCUGUAUUUCUUAGCCAAAAAAAUGAAACCGAACCAAAAUAAUUAUAAUAUUUAGUAUUAGAAAUACCAAAUAUUCUAAACAUAUUACUUUACACCGAACUAUAGAAAAAAGUUCAAAAUACUCGAAUAUUUUUCCUAAAGUAUUUUAAAUUAUCUAAAAUAUCCUAGAGGACCGAAUUACUCGAAUAGUUUUUAUCCAAAAUAUUAAAAAAAAUUCUGAAUUGUACAAUUUAUUAAAUAUUAUUAAUUUUAAACUGUAAAUUAAUCAUUAUUAUUUAUAAUUCGUUGAAAACCUAACUAAAAGCGUGCUGAAAAAAAAAACUAUCUAAAAGCAUACUUUAGAUUUUUGAAUUAUUUUUAGUUGAUGUAGAUAUAUGAAACAAUUAAAAAUAUAAAAUAAUUAAUUAAAAAUAAUAUAAAAAUAUUGCUUUUAUUAAAAUAAAAAAUUAAUUAAAUAAAAUAUGAAAAUACAUGCAUAUGUUAUAAUAUAUCUUUAGAGAACAAGUGAACUUUUUACUUAGUAUUACCGAAUAUAGAUUUAAUUUAAUUUAAUCAAAAUAAAUAAAUUAUUAUAUCACUUAUAGAUAAUAGACUAAAAAAAAAGAAAAAAGAAAAAAAAAAUGCUACACAACCGUAGGUCACCUGCCUAUCAUCCACUCCCUCUAGCCAUAAAAUGCAUGUAUGUGUUAUAAUAUAUAUUUAGAGAAUAAGUAAAAAUUUUAAUUUGUUUUAAAUCAAAAGAAAUAAAAUCUUAUACUAUUUAUAGAUAAUAGAUUUAAUAAAGUUGCAAAUGCUUGUUUGAAUCUUUAUAACGUUAACAAAAAAAAGUUGCAAAUGCUUUUGACAAAAAAAAUCUUAGAAAGCUCUUUUCAAAAAAAAAAAAAUCUACAAAGCCUAUUGGACAACUGCAUAUCGACAGCCUUCCUCCUCCCUGUUUUAGUUGCAGUACAAAAAAGCAACACAAUUUUGGUCUGGAUGCAGUACAUUAAUUUUUUAUUAUUUCUUUUUGUUCUGCAAUUUUAUUUGUGAAUGGGUAUAAAUUGCAGUUCUCUCUGCAUUUUUAAUUCUCCUGCAUCUCUCCUGCGUUUCCCCUGCUGUACAUUCAUAGCCAUAGUAUGAACUACAUUUAAAACAUGAUCCCAAGUACUGAUCUCCAUACAUUUAGUCGGUAUAUAUACACCGUCUCAUUGUUAGGACCUCUCAACAUUCAUUUUCAAAAGAAGAACAUAGAGACAAUGGCUGCCAAUUACGAGGACCGAGACACAUUGUUCAACUUCGUGGUCAAAGAAGGUAAUGGCGUGAAGGGUCUGAUAGACUCUGGUAUGUCUUGUGUUCCACAGCCUUUUGUCCAACCGCUCUCUGAGCGAAUAGCGACCCCAAACGGCCAAACGUGUGAAGCUGUCCAGCCAAUAGAUCUUUCCCAGAUAGACGGUCCAUGCCACACGGAGGUGGCCAAACAAAUCGUUGAAGCUGCUGAGACGCUUGGCUUCUUCCAGGUGGUGAACCAUGGUGUUUCGGUAGAGCUGCUUGAAUUGCUGAAAAUGUCAGCUCAUGAGUUUUUCGAACAACCUCCUGAGAACAAAGCGGUUUACCUAAAAGAAGUGAGUCCAAGCAAGCUAGUUAAGUACGGGACGAGCUUCGUACCAGAGAAGGAGAAGGCCAUUGAGUGGAAAGAUUAUGUGAGCAUGCUUUACACCAAUGACGACGAGGCUCUUCAACACUGGCCUCUACAAUGCAGAGAGGUGGCACUUGAUUUCCUAAAAUCAUCAAUGGCAAUGGUGAAAAGAAUAGUUGAAGUUUUGAUGGAGGAUGUAGGAGUGAUACUAGAAGAAGAGAGAAUGAACAGUUUGGUGGGGACCAAAAUGGUCAACAUGAACUACUACCCAACAUGUCCCAGCCCCGAGCUCACUAUAGGCGUCGGUCGUCACUCCGACAUGGGAAUGUUAACUGUUUUAUUACAAGAUGGCAUUGGUGGUCUCUACGUUAAACCAGACAACGGUGACUGGGCUGAGAUCCCUCCUCUCAAUGGAGCCUUAGUCAUCAAUGUUGGCGAUACUUUGCAGAUUCUAAGCAAUGGGAAGUAUAAAAGUGCGGAGCAUAGGGUUCGAACCACAAACAUCGGAUCGAGAGUCUCUGUGCCUAUUUUCACGGCACCUACUCCCUCGGAGAAGAUUGGUCCAUUGCCCGAAGUGGUGGAACGUGACGGGGUGGCUCGUUACAAAGAGGUGUUAUUUCAAGACUACAUGAACAACUUCUUCAGCCAACCACACGAUGGCAAGAAAUCUCUCGACUUUGCUCGUGCCGAUUGAUACUAUUACCACUUCUAUCAGUGUAGUGUCUAUGUGCCAAAUUAACCACAAUUCUUUUUUUAUAAGGAUUAACCACAAAUUUUUUUUUGUUUUCUUUAUGUUUGUUCGAUCCCAAUAAAGGAAAAUGCCUUCUUCGUGUGCACUCAAUAACACGUACGUGGUGCAACUUUAUGAAAUUUACACGCAUGUUAGGAUGCUGGUUGAGUUUUCUAAACCAAUACAUACAGGGAUGUUAACGUAGGGGCCCAAUCCACAAAUAGUCCAACCCAGUUUAUACCCAAUCCGCGAAAACCCAAAAACAUCCGGGUUGAAAAACCCAGAAAAUAACCCAGUUUGGUCGGUAAAUUUGUUUUUUUGUGGUUUUGAAGGAAAAAAAACUUAUUUUUGCAGUUUGCGGAAAAACUCAUCUUUCUGGUAUUGACGCGAAAACUUGUUUUUGCGGUUUUGGCUGGAAAUCUAGUUUUUGUAUUUUUGACGGGAAAAUUCGUUUCUACAGUUUUUGGCGGAAAAAGUUAUUUUGUGGUUUUGGUGGGAUUUUCUGAUUUUUGCGAGAAAACUCGCUUUUACGGUUUUGGCAGUCAGUUUGGAUAGAAAAACUCAUUUUUUGGUUUCGGUAAGUAUUUAUUUUUACGGUUUUGACGAAAAAAUAAUUUUUUUUUAUUUUGGUGAAAAUUUUUAUUUUUUGUUUCUGACGGAAAAAACGGUUUUGUAAAUUUUAUAUAAUUUAAUUAAAAUUGAAAAAAUAUAAUAAUAUAAUUGAAAACCCAUGAGUACACCAUUACUUUUUUGUAUUUACCCAACAUAAAUAUGGAUUUUAAAAUUUUUACCCAUGGUUGACCCAAUUAGUUUUAGACAUAUAAUGACCCAACCUAUUAUUAGUGGGUUUGGGUAAACCUAUGGAUAAUUAUCUAUGUUAACAUCCCUAUACAUAUUUCAAAAUUCUAGUAUGACGGAACUAAUGAUUUUCACUGUAAUGAUUUUCUUUUCGCCAGGUUCUGUAAGGAUUUCCAAUUUAUAUAACGAGACUCAUUUUUUUUCCUAUUAAUUUGAAAUUUUUGUUUCAGUUUAUCAUUUCGUUUUCAUGGCAUACGAGAUUUUGAGUUUAGACGUAUCCUCGGGUCUAGGUCGCACACAAUUGUUUUGUUGACUAUAAAAGAAG